GGAGCUCCGCGGGGCUCUGCGCGCAGCCGGCCAGGGCAGCGGCUCGGGGCAGCGGGGCCGCCGGUGGGGUUGCGAGGAGAGUUCCCCGGGGGCGGCCGCCGGCAGCGGGCGCCCGGCGGGGAGCGGCGUGCGGUGCUGUCGGGGCCGCCGUCGGCGGGUGGCGGCGAUGGGCAGCGUGAGGGGGCCCGGCGGGGCCGCCCUGCGUGCCUUGCUGUCGGUGGCCGCCGGGCUGCUGGCCUGCGGCGUGGCCAGCGAGUACGACUAUGUCAGCUACCAGUCAGACCUGGGCCCUUACCCUGGCGGGCGCUUCUACGCCAAGCCCCACCAGUGCGUGGCCAUCCCCGCCGACCUGCGGCUUUGCCACAGCGUGGGCUACGACAAGAUGGUGCUGCCCAACCUGCUGGACCACGAGACCAUGGCCGAGGUGAAGCACCAGGCGAGCAGCUGGGUGCCGCUGCUCAACAAGAAUUGCCACAUGGGCACCCAGGUGUUCCUGUGCUCCCUCUUUGCCCCCGUCUGCCUGGACCGGCCCGUCUACCCCUGCCGCUGGCUCUGCGAGGCCGUGCGCGACUCCUGCGAGCCUGUCAUGCAGUUCUUUGGCUUCUUCUGGCCAGAGAUGCUCAAGUGUGACCAGUUUCCCCAGGAUGACGUCUGCAUUGCUAUGACAGCUCCCAAUGCCACCGAGGUCUCCAGGCCUAAAGGAACGACCGUGUGUCCCCCGUGUGACAAUGAGAUGAAGUCAGAGGCCAUUGUGGAGCACCUGUGUGCCAGCGAGUUUGCUCUUAAGAUGACCAUCAAGGAAGUGAAGAAGGAGAAUGGGGACAAGAUGAUCAUUCCACGGAAGAGGAAGGCACUGAAGCUGGGGCCCAUCCGCAAGAAGAACCUCAAGAAGCUGGUGCUGUUCCUAAAAAACGGGGCAGACUGUCCCUGCCAUCAGCUGGACAACCUCAGCCACUACUUCCUCAUCAUGGGCCGCCAGGUGAAGACUCAGUACCUGUUGACAGCUAUCUACAAGUGGGACAAGAAGAACAAAGAGUUCAAGAAGUUUAUGAAGAAGAUGAAGUCCCCCGACUGCCCGACGUUUCCGUCCGUGUUCAAGUGACGUGCUGGGCGGCGGCAGAGCCGCGCCCUGGACCUGCCCCGGCGGGCACGGCCUCGCUGCUCUGCAGCAGGGGUGCUGGAGCCCAGCCCUGCUGCUCCUCAGAGCUCCCUCACCAUCCUCAGCCCUCCCACAUCCUCGGUCUGAUGGCCUGGGCGCGGUCGCCGAGGUCACUCACCAUUUCCGUCUGCAUCUGUUGUUGUGCAGAUGUGUGCAACCAUUGAAAUAGCAGCUGUCAGGUAAAGAGGGCGAGCGCAGGGCUGUGAGGUGAUGGUAAGAGAAAGGAGUUCUUCAAGUUUCUUGUAGAAAGGACCCUCGUCACCACGUCACUCCUGUCUUCAUGGCUGCAGGAUUGCCCUGAAUUCCUGUAUGAGCCGGAGCUGGCUGAUUAGACACAGAUCCUAUCUUCAUGAUCAAAGUUAAUAAAUGAGUAGUGGAGAACCCAUUACAACCUCUGAUAAGAAUUCCUCAUAGUUAAUUGCCCUCACUGUAAAAAUAUCCCAUUAUAGUCUUAACCUGCUUAGUUUAAGCCUUAACCCUGGUUCCUUGUGGUGCCUUGUUGGGCUGGAGCCCUCUCUCACCAGCAUCUUUGUGCUGUGUCCCCGGGUGCCUGCCUUGGCACCUGCUGUGCCAGCUGAGCCCCUUUGCCCAGUGCUGCACCCAGGCAGCCUUUGAGUCCCUGUGCUGUGCCCAGUGUGUUGUGCACUGGCAUGGGGAGCAGGGGCAGAGGGGGCUCUGCCCACACCUGUGCCUUUGGCCUCGUGCAGGCCCCUGUCUCAGCAGUGCCCAGCUGAGAUCCCUCCCUGCCUGUGGCAGUUCCCGUGCACAGGUGGCCUGAGCUGCUGGUGCCCAGACCUGGCACUCCAUUUUAAGCCCAAGCACAGGUUCAGCUGCUGGCCUGCCUGGGGCUUUGGCUGGGUGGAGCCCAUGGCCAGCUCCUCCAGCCUGUGUCACUCCCUCACUUUACCAGUGAUGUUUUUAUAGUUCCUUUAGGCUGCUGGCAAAGUACGAGUGCAGAAGGCCAAGGACUUUUCCCUGUGGAGCACUGCAGGGAAUGUAUGGUCUCUGUCUUCCCCUCUUUGCUGUGGGACCCAUCAGUCUGGGGUUUUGUCUGUUUGAUCUAUGACAACUUGGCUCUCUAUCAUUAUGUCUUUUUUGCCCUAAUUGAAAUGUCAUGUUUGUAUGAUUUCAAAUAGUUUAUGAAAGACAAAGAAUGUUUUACACAAAUGAUUACAUUUAUCGACCAAGCUGAAAUUCAUUAUUCUGUUAAUUGGACUAGUUCUCUUUUUCAUAGACCCAUACCACUCUGUAUUCAUUAUCCUUCCUCCUUCCAUUUAGUAUUCUCAUCCAUCACCAAUGCUCUGAGAGAAUGAAUAUCUGAUGUCUGAGAUAAUCCUGUUGUAUCACAGUUAAGUGAAAUAACAAAUCCUCAUUUCUGAGGUUUGAACCAAACCCCCUCAAAACUGGUGCAUUAAUUAUUCCUUAGCUUGGGAGUGGUGCUUAUUUCCCACAUGGGGACAGAGCCGUGGACUUGGUUGUAGAAGAAUUCCAUUAACAAGCCAAGUACUCUGAGGAAUGAUGUUUCACAGCUAACAGAGAGAUGGAUUUAGGAUGUGAACUUUGUAGAGUCCCCUUAGGUUGUCUUAGAGCACCAUUUGUAGUAGUGUUGUUUCUUUAUUGCAAAAUUAAUCAUUGUAGAUAAUGUGCUUUAUUAGUGAAGUAAAGAAAUAAAUAAACCAUGGGCUUUAACAUCACAGAUUGGUGAGGUGAAAUGAUGGAGAGGGCUGACAAAUCCAGCCGUGUGGGGAAUGGAGUCAGGACACCAUGAGCUGGAAGUGUGGUUCUCUGUGAGUGCCCACAGUGCCCCUAAAAGCCCCACUGGGACAGGGCAGGGACCCUCUGUCCCCCCUCUGUCACCUUCCUGAGCACAGCACAGCAGAGGGAGUGCUGCUGCUGCUAAAAUUGCCAAAUUAAUCCAUUAAAUAUGAUUCCCCCCACCUCCAUUUUUAUCAAGAGAUGCUGUUUCCUGACCCUUUUGUGGAGUCACCAUCCCUGGAAUGCCUCAAGAAAUGACCAGAUGUGGUGGUGUUCAUCCAAGGGCUGGACUCAAUGAUCUUGGAGCUCUUUUCCAGCCUUCUUUUUUCCAUGAUUCUGUGAUUGCUUGCUCACUGAAGCAGCAGUGCCCUUCCUGGGAAGCUCCUGCUGCUUCAGCCAGCCCUGGCUGCAGCUGGCAGUGGUUUUAAUCCAAGUGAUCCUUUAUUCACCUCCUGGGUGAGGAUCUGCUGAGAAAUUGCUGCAGCCCCAGCUGGGUCUUUAGUGCAGGGGAAGCUUUAAGGGGUGAGGGACAAAUUCUCCCUGCAGUGCACUUGGCUGGGACAUUGGCUGCAGCAGUGUGGUCACCACAGGACCAGGUAAGGUCAGUGCUGAGGAGCUGCUGCCUGGGGUCUCCUGUUCCCAGCUCAGAGCUGGUGCCUGGGCUCAAUCUGGCUCUGCUUUUUGUGUCCCUGCAUUCCACUGCUGGUUUGUCUGUGGUCAUUCAGCAAGGUGAGAGCAUCAGGUCGGUUUGAAGAGAUGCAGGAAGCCAGGCGUGGUUGCUGAAAAUCUCCAGAAUCAGUUCUUUUACUGGCUUCUUGUAAUUGGCAACUCCUGAAGGAUUUUUGGUCAUGUAAAAAGUGAGACUUGCAGUGCAACUGCUGCAUGUGGGUGCCUUUGGUGUCUUUAGAUUUCCUGUACUGCUCUCCAACAAAAAAAGUUUAUUAAAACCUGAAGUGGGCUGAGUGUAAACUAUGGAGAAAGUACCCAAGAUCCUGGGUUGUGCUUGUGUGGAGCCAUGUGGAGCAAAGAGAUGUUUACUGACAUGAGAAAGCACAAAAGUCUCCUGAAAUCAGGCACCAUGUGUCUGGUGUAGUGUUCCCAGAGCAGAGAUGGGUGUUUGUGCAGUUCAUGGACACACUUUGCAUUUUAAAAUGUCGGAUGCUGAUUGUUACGAUGAGUUCUGGUUUAAGUUACAAGCAUGUGUGUAAGUGCUCAGUCAUACUUUGUGCUGGGAGACACCCCCAGUUUUGCCCUGCUGAGGGCUGUGGGGUGUCUGUGGGACAGUGAUGUGCCACUCUGGGACACUCAGGCUUGCUACAGCCUGGGCUUUUCUGAACUAUGAACCUUAAACCCUAAAAUAAAAUAUCAUCCUUUUGUGACUCA